CCAAACAAACACAUUCCUCUCUUCUCCCUCUCCUCUUUUUCUCCUUAGACAAGAAACCAGUCGGUCUCACAUUCAGACAGACUUAUACUAUUACUCUCACGAGCAGAAUCUUAACUUCAUUCUGUCACUAUUCGAUUAUAAUGGAAAUCGAGUCAAGUGCACCUCAAUUAGUAGCAAAAAAAUUAUGGAAAGUAGUGAGAAUUGUUUUCUACAUGUUGAGGAAAGGCUUAUCAAAGAGCAAACUCAUUCUUGACAUACAAAAUUCUCUUCAAGAUAUGUUAAAAAGAGGAAAAAUUGCUGGUAAGGCAAUUAGCAAUCUAAUGUUACACCAUCAAUAUUUAUCUUCUUUCACUUGUAAAUCCAAUGAUGUGGCCAUGUCAACCUUUGUUACUCGUCGCGAAUACGAAUUUAGUUGCAGUAAUAGCCCUAAUUUCCCCCUCUAUUUUGCCAACAAACGUAGGGGAAAUCAUCGGUAUAAGCCAGAAGAAAUAGCUGUGGUUCAGAAAGUAUUUGAGAUGUUGAAUACCACAACUACAAAUUAUGAUACUGUUGCUUCACCUUUGGCAUUACCAGGAUUUGGAAAAACUCCAAUGGUUAGACAGUUAAGAAUAACUGAUUCACCAUUUCCUUUAAAAGAUUCAGAGGAGAAUACUAAUUCUCAAGUUGAUAAAGAUGCUGAAGAGUUUAUUAAGAAUUUUUACAAGGAUUUGAAGAACCAGAAAAGGGUAGCAGCUUUUGAAUCUCCAUCUCCUUAUCAUAUUUGUGCAAGAAAUUAGUGAAUUUUUGCUAAGUUUUGGACUAGGUGUUCUAUGGCCUGCAACAAUUGACUACCUUCAAUAAUGCACAAAAAUUAUGUUAAAACUAAUUUUUUUUCCUCACUUUUUACAAGUGUUUUCUGUGUUAUGAAGUUGAAGGUGGGGUAUUAAUUUGCUUAAAGAGAUGUAUGUGCACACAAAUGCCAAUUCUUUCUUCCUAUAUACUGUUUCUUUUCAAUUUAUGUGUUUUUAGUUAUUUUACUUGUUCGAGGAGUGCGAAAAUGUAUAAUAAGGUUACGUACAAUACACUCUUAUGGUUUGAUCCUU